AUGAAACAGCACGAUAUUGCGGCUCGAAAGUGCGCGAAAUGCCAUCGUGUCUUUUCCAAGAUUGAGCAUUUACGACGUCAUCAACGAUGUCACACGGGAGAGAAACCGUUUGGCUGUGCUUCAUGCGGACGAGCUUAUGCCAGAAGCGACGUGUUGAACCGCCAUAUUCGUCAUCACCAUCCGGAGGUGGAGAUGGUGGACGGAGCAGGGCGUGCGCGGAAGCUCAUCGAGGGCAAUGGCACGAGAGUGCGUUCCGGGACGCAGAGCUCCCGAGCGGGUUUUCCGAGUUCCCGAGCGGAUUCCCCGAGCGCCCGGCUGGCGGCGUUCCCCUCACCCACUCCGCCGGUUUCCCCGCCCAGUCCGGUUCCGGAUGCCAUGGUUCAUGACUGGGAGCUGCCCCAUUUGGAUGGCUCCACUGGGAUGGACGCUUCCUGCCUGGAAGGCCUGCAGCGGUACCUCGACGAGUGCCCCGACCUGCAACCAAACAGUGCCCGGGCGAUCUCCGGUUCAACGAUCACCUCGAUGCCAACUCCCAUGCCUGGGACUUUUGACCCGAUGAUUGACCCCUCACUGGCGGCCUCGGCGCCAGCUCAAGCAGCCGACCCCAACGUGGUGAACCACCAUUUGUCGGAGGAGAUAGACUUCCAGUCCAUUCUCGUGGGGAGCCCGGGCAUGGCCGAUAUCAAUCCCGGCCUCCCCCCAUUCCAUCAUCUCUGCUCCAAAAACGGCAUCUCGAAUGAACAGUUCGAGCAAGUCCGACGCCUCUGGCCGAGGCGCCGUCGAACUGGGUCCAUCAUCCCGGCCUGUUUCUCCUGGGAUGAGAUCGUUCGACAUCCGGAAGACAAUAUUCUCUCAAGCCCGGCGCUGAAGACCCCGCCGGGUCCGGCAGAUUCCUUCUGGGGUCUAACUGAUGCGUGCCGGGAUCGCCUGGUGGAGGAUACUCGCGGCUACGGCGCGAUUUCCAGUCCGGAUCGCGGGGAUGGUGGAUCCAGCAGUGCGUCCAGCUGUGGCCCGUGGAAUGGCGAACUCCCCCCGACAGACAUCCUUGAUCUGUGUCUUGACCUCUACUUUUCACACUUUCAGGUCCACUUGCCCUUUGUUCAUCCUGGAACCUUCAACGCCUCGCUCACUCCAAGUAUCUUUCUUUUUCCCAUGUGCCUCGUAGGCUUGGUCCUCCUCAACAAGGCCACGGCGCGCGGUCUGAUCGCGACCCAUAUUCCAGGCGCCAUCGAACACUGUCGAGCCGAGUUGACGUCGCCGCGGCUCCGCCAUUGCCCGGGUCCUGAGCUGUUGACCACCCUAGGAGCAGCAUGUCUAUUGCUCUCAAUUGCCGCCUUUACACCGGAGUUGGCAUACGAAGAGCUGCGCCAGGCACUCUAUGAGGAAACUUUAUCGUUAGCGCGGGACAGGGGUCUGUUUUCCGCGCGCAGCCUGAAUGAGUCCCUUCUCCCGGCUGCGGACGCGGAGGAUGCGCGAUGGAAAGCAUGGGCCCGGAUUCAGUCGGCGCAACGCCUGGCCGCCUCAUUGAUCUUGACCGAUGCCUACUCGGCUCAGGUGUUGGGGGUCGCUCCUAUUCUCGCGCCGGGAUCUAUCCUCAUCCCUCUCGUACGCCAGGACGAGCUGUUCAUGCUGGCCUCCGCGCAGAAGUGGCAGAACCAGAUCGGCCCCGACACCUGGUUGCAUCAGCCACUAGCCGCACCUCUUGAUCCGCAAAUUCCAGUGCCCGCGGGGAUGAAGGGAUUUGGCCUCGAGGUCGUCUUGACCGUGAUUUGGCUGUGGAUCUGGAGCUUCAGCCAUCAAAUGCAGAAACCGGCGCCGUGGUUCUUGGAAACCUAUUCUCCCAAACCCGGGCUGCUAAAUGGCUUCUCUAAUAAUGGCACGCCUAGCGCGCUGGCCGCCGCCCUAGUGCAGGCCUUCGACAGCUGCCGGACGGAACUCGAGACCGGCAACACCAACUUGUUCAUUCUCUGGCACUACCUGGGCAUCUCGCUCACCACUGAUCUUGCCACAAUAGAGGACGCUGCCGGGCGUAACGGGCCGGAUAUGGCCAAGGUCGCUUUGGCCAAACUGCGACUGUGGGCACGAUCGUCCGCCGCGCGCCGGGCGUGCCUGCACGCGGCCCAAAUAUUCGUGCUCAUCACGCGUCAUCGUCGCUCGGAUGGGCUCAUGCUGCACACAGAAUUGGCGCUGUUUCACGCGGCCCUCGUAAUGGGAUUCUAUCAACUCACUGCGUUCGACUGGAGUGGGAGUAAGAGCGCAUCCUUUGACCUCUUCGACCAUGUUGACUGGACCCAAGUUGGCUCGAUAGGGUUGUACGCGGCCGAUCUUCCGGAAGAUGCCUCGGCCGCCCAUCCCAAUUCUUCAGCGGCUGUGAACUUUAUCCAGAACGGCGGGCCUGUCAGCUUCCAUGGCGCCGAGUAUCGCAAUCCGUACGGGGCAGCCCGGCGGUCCUUCAUGAACGUGGCCUUUCAACUUGAAGAAGUGGGCCAAUGGAACGUUCAGAAAUAUUGUAAAGUCCUCCAUAUCAUCGCUGACACUCUGAUAUAUUCGGAACAAGAGACCGGAAUGGCAUCUUGA